AUGGAGCAGCCCAAUGCAGUUGUUACUGAUGGACGGGUCGUGGCUGAGGCUGUGGCUGAGGUUGUGGUCAAGCAGGUUGAAGAAAUGCUGCUAGUCCUGGUGGGAUGUGUAUCAGCACACUGUAAGAUCACGGGUGAUGGAGCCAAGUCCUUCCUUCUCCUGCUGGGGGCGCUUCUGCGGGGUAUCCACGGCGACCAUCUCCACGGCAUUCAGGCCCGCCGCGUGGCUCACAUUCUGCUUUCCUUCCAGACGCUCGUUUUGGAUGGCGUGAUCGGGCAGGGCCUUGCCCCUCGCGCCCUGUCCUUUCUCCAGGACUCCGCCCACCUGCGCCCGCUCACGGACGCCUACUUCCGGGGAAAGACGGCGAGCUCCCACUGGGGGGUCCUGAGCCAAACGGCCUGCGAGUUCUACCGCAGGUGGCGGUGUGAGCAGGACUGCACCGGCGUGACCCUGAUCGCCCGCCACUUCGCCGCGCUCCACACGCCCGUGCCAGGCCUGCCCGUGAGCCGGUCCCGGGUCCUCCAGGGCCUGGUGAUCCACAGAGACUUUGCGGUGCGUUGCCCUGGCGACGGGCCGCUCCGAGCGCUGGCCACAAGCGUGCCGCUCCAGUCCCCUCUGGCGCCCCCUGGCGUCCCUCUGAACCUGGCGAGGGCGGCGCAGGCCCAGAGGUGCUGCGGCGGGCGAAGCAGUCGGAGCUGGCGCUGGACCUCGCUCGGCGGGCCGGCCUGUCCGUGGUGGAGUGCGUGGACAGUGACGAGCUGGCUGGCGGGGGCGGAGCUCUUUGCCGACCCCGGUGACUGGAGCCUGAUUGGAGAGGAGCACGUUGCCACGGUGACAUUCUGCAAGCCCGUGGUGCUGGGUCCCAACAGGUUGGCCCACGUGGGCUUCCCAGAGGGGCGGGGCUUGGCACCGCACUGCCUGGUUCUGUGCCGGCCCAGUCCCGGCCUGGCAGAGCAGUGCAGCACGGCCUUCUGCGGACUGUUCCGGAUGCUUCAGCGCGUGUACGAGUCUGUCCUGUCGCGUCACGCACACGGUCCUGUCCAAUCGCAUCACCCGCAGGGCAGGGAGGAGGACAGUGAGAACGUAGCUCAUUACAUGGUCAAACAACCCGGCCUACACAAUGGCACAAGGUUAGAUAGAGCACCCGCCAGCAUGAGGGACAAUGCCCACCUGAGCACUGACAGCACAGAGGCUGGAGGGCCACAGGCCAUUAUUGGGGACCCAAACAGGGGUGAGGGGCCACAGGCCAUUAUUGGGGACCUAAACUGGGGUGAGGGGACACAGGCCCUUAUUAGGGACCCAAACUGGGGUGAGGGGACACAGGCCCUUAUUAGGGACCCAAACAAGGGUGAGGGGUCACUGUGUGCAGGCCAAAGCCAAAAUCCUGACAGCACAGAGCCCGAAGCAGAACCUGAACAUCCAAUUCCAGACUGGCUACGAAAUGGCAAGUCAUCAGGAGAGCGGCCAGGCGUCCAUUUUGGGGAAGGGAAAGAAGGAGCAUUGGGGACCCGUACCCGAGAAACAGGCCCCGCCUCUUCAGGUGUCCUAAUAGAGGCAGGCAGCGUGCUACCAGCAGGGGGCGCGUUUGAGUUCGUACUGCACCACUGCCUCCUGCAGCAGGCCUCCCAGCGGCGCUGCCCCGACCUGCGCGCGGCCUGCCGGCUGGUGGCGGGGGCCGUACUGAGCGUGCCCAGGCGGCUGUACCCCGGCCCACGCUUCCUGGAUGCCCAGUCACACUUCCUCAGGGCCUCUGGGGCCGCCCCCCCCAAGCUGGAGGGUUCAGGGGCUGGAGUCCCUGGCCUGUAA